AAUGUGAAGAGUGCUAUGGAAAUAAAAAGGAAUUAUGUGAACAUUGUGGUUGUUCUGUAUGCAAAUGUAAAGGUGACAGAGGUUAUAUUCUCUUGUGUAACAGUCCUUGUGGCAAAAAUUUUCAUACUAGAUGUUUAAACCCUCCACUUACAAGAAUUCCUCCUGGAAAUUACAUUAAAAAAUAUAAGGCACAGCAGGAUAUUUCAAAUUCUGAUAAUGAAGACAGUCAAAAUGUAAGGAAAUUUUCAAAGAAAAAGACAACGAAACAUAAUAAAAAAUGCGAGGCUUUAUCAGAUCCUUUAGAAAAAUCAACUUCGCAUAAUGAUAGUUCUAUCGAUGACCCUAUUAAAAACAUUCCUAUUGUUGUUAUAGAAGAGGAUGAACAUUUUAGUAAUAGACAGCGGAUAUAUGAAACAGAGAAUGUGCUAGUAACCCAAUUGGAUGCAAAUAAG